AUGGCUAGUGUAUACAGUCUGGUGAAGGCUAUUGCCGUUACGCAGGGUUAUCACUCGAUCCUGUUCCUGUUUGGUCACCGAACCAUGGACCAAUUUCAGGAAUCACCUGAGCAUGCAGCACGUCGCACCGCUGUCCGCAAUAUCUGGAAGAGCGUCCUAGGUCUAAACCAUGUUACCUUCCAGCCCAUGGAGAACAACAUCCCUGACCCAGACCCCGAGUUGCUGGAAAUAGAGUUCCCACCGUAUGACCCGCAAGAUGAUUUCCCCGAGGAGACAGUAUACUGGGCGGAAGGCGUUUCAAGAUACGUCGAAGAAUAUAUUCAUGGUAUCAUUGUUAUCGGGCUCACUGACGAUCGUGAUUUGCCGUCAGAUCCUAGUAGCGAGGAGCUCUGGAACGUGGUUGGUGCUGAUAUCCGCUGGUUCAGCACAGCGAUCAGUCAUAUCCCCAAUCAGCCUUCUUUCAAGUGCAUGAUGGCGAGCAACAUUGACGGGGACGGCAGGCCCACGCGCUGGGAACUGGAAUGUAUCUGUAAAAGCAUGGAGAAGCUUCUCAACCGUCGAGUUCAUGCUAAGCACUUGGUUACUCCGGUUAUGAUCCUGUCUUACAUGGGGCCGAGGCAAGUUCGUAUUCUCCUCGCCCACUUUGAUGGGACUGAUUUGGUCAUCCGGAAGAGCCAGUUCUACGACCUAUGGACUGAAAAUGUGGAGGCACUGAGAUUGCUUGUACGGCGGUGGUGUGCGUCUGAAUCUGGGGAUACAUUUCAUCGACCCUCUUUGGGACAUGACAGGGCACAUGGUUGGCAUUGA